CACCCAACAGGCCUUGUUCACGCAUUUUCGGCGUUCGGACCUCAGUGCUGUAGGCUAACAUAAAGAACGAGAAGAUUCCGCCCUUUCGAACAGCAAUAAUCAUUUCCUGCAAACAAACUAAUCAAACCAAAUCACAACUUACUGCAACCAUGGGUUCCUUAGCUGUUCAGUCGCACUUUUCUAGUCUGGUUGAGGCUCCUUACGAUGAAGCAUUCGUUGUAAUGCAGUCAGUCGCAGCAGACCCCACCUCUGAUAAGGUCAACCUCGGUCUCGGCGUAUACAGGGACGACGAUGCACAACCUUGGACAUUGCCAUCUGUCCGAAAGGCACAAGCGCAGAUCCAAGACAACCACGAUUACCUACCUGUUGCCGGACUUCCAACAUUCGUCGAAGCUGCUAGGAAACUCCUUCUUGGAGAUGUCCACGACGCCGUCAAGAGUCGCUUGACCACUGUACAGACUAUUGCCGGGUCUGGAGCCAUUCACUUGGGAGCAUUGUUCUUGGACAAGGCAGUCAGACCAGAGAACGUUUGGAUCUCAGAUCCAUCUUGGGCAAGCCAUGAACAGAUCUGGGAGAAUGCUUCACCAAGUACUCAACGCAGGUUCUACCCAUACUUUGAUCACAAGACGAAGUCGUUCGACCUGGAGGGCAUGUUGAAGACUCUGAGACGAGACGCACGACCGGGCGACAUCAUUAUUCUGCAAGCCUGCGCCCACAACCCUACAGGAUGCGACCCAACGCAGAAGGAAUGGAACGUCAUUGCCGAUAUUUGCGAGGAGCUCAGCAUUAUUCCAUUUAUGGAUAUUGCAUAUCAAGGAUUCGCAUCUGGCGAUGACCACCACGAUGCAUGGGCGGUCCGUCACUUCGUCGGCAGAGGAACGAUGGAGGUUUUGGUCGCCCAGUCAUUCUCCAAGAGCUUUGGCCUCUACGGUCACCGAGUUGGCGCCCUUCACAUCUUGGCCCACGACUCCGCCGCGAUUCCGGCUAUCAAAUCCAACUUGCUUCAAUUCAUCGGUUCUGAGUACUUGACUCCCUCAGCAUGGGGUGCACGCAUUGUUUCAACAAUCCUCAACGAUCCUGAACUCACAAGAGAGUGGCGCCAGGACUUGAGAAAAAUGAACGCUCGCGUCAAGAGCAUGCGAGCGUUCCUGUUCGUUGAGCUCACGAAGCGAGGCACACCUGGGUCUUGGAGACACAUCAUCGAUCAGAUCGGCAUGUUCUCCUACACUGGUCUCACUGCUUCCCAAGUCAAGACGAUGAGGGAGAAACAUCACAUCUAUCUCUUGUCAACAGGAAGAGCGUCCAUAUCAGGAUUGAAUAGCAAGAACGUUUUCAGGGUUGCGGAAGCAAUCGACCAAGUCGUGCGCGCAGAUGCGGGCGUUUGAAUUACUCGUAUUGAUAUCCAUUUGGUUUGACUUUGCUCGGGCGUUUGUACAUCACUGCAACUGGGCUGGCGAUUUGUAGCACCGCACAUAGUUUUCAUCGGUAACAUAUUUAAGUAGUUCGAGUAGAAACCAAGCAUCCUACAUGCAGUAUUUAAUGUCUCUGAGAAUCCUUUUCCUCUAUUAUUCCAGAUAUUCUGACAGGUGACCAAACCACCUCUGAGACAUGCUGCUCGUGGUCCCCUUAGCCACUGCCUAAUCGGGCAACCGUGAUGUGGGCAAGACCUUCGAUAAGUCACAGGUAGGCUGAACAGAUCAAAAACAAA